AUUGUAAAAAAUUUUCAGCUCGUCUUCUAUUGGAGUCAAUCAGAAUUUUAAGUGGUAGGGCAAUUAAAUCCGUAACAGAAAUCAGUGAAGUAGUCAUCGGGCGAGUUCCCAUGAAAAGAGAAGUGCGCACAUAAAAAUUGGUACUAUUAAUGAACAGCUAGUGAAAAGAAACUUAUGUUGUGAUGAUUAGUGAAUGAUUCAGUCUGAUUUGUUAUCUAAGUCCAACAUAAAAAGAGCAAAUAAGCGUUUCAGACGUAAAUACGAACUAAAUUUUAAUCGGAAGCGGAAGUAAAUGGAUAUUUAAAACGCAAUAAUAAAAAAAUGUAGAGGAUAAUCAAGCCUAGUAUGUAAAGCUGCAGCGCUGAGUUUCAAGAUUUUUUACCAGGAAGUUUAAUGCGAUAAAUAUAUACUUAUAUGUAUAUGUAAAUAUAUAUGAAUGUACACAGUUACUUUGAGGAACUGGGAGGCUGACACAACGACAACUGCUGUCCGCGUCGACGCCCACAACAUUUUAGCAGAUUGUGCCAAUUUGUCAACUUGUUGCCUACUUAAGGUGCUUAUAUACUCGUAGUACAUCUAACUGUGUUUAAAGAAAUUAUUGACGAAAACUAACAUUAGUUAGAUUUUAUUAAGUUAAAGAAUUAUUAAAUAAAAUAACUUCUGUACAACGGCUGCUGAAAUAUUGCUGCUGUAUGUUCUGCUGUAUACACGCAUACAUAUGUCCGUACAUAUGUUGGUAGGCGAACGUGUGACACAGCACCUGCUAUAAUCCACAAUCGACAGUGACAAGGCCGUUUUGUACAAUGCGUGCAAUCAACGUUAUCAAAUAUUAAAAAGUAAAAACUUUCAUAGCAAUAAAUCACCUGACUGACAACUAGGUCGCUGUGAGAUAGCACAACACGUCAACUACCGUUGGCGCAACGCCGCCUCAAAAUGACCCUUGAUCGACCGUUGUUUCCCAUCGAUCCGCUGCCGACGUCCGCUGCAACUGCAUCGUUGACAACGUCAUCACCACUGUCUACAUGGCACAUACUAAGCACCGGCAAACUAACCAAACGCAACGCAUUCCUUUUGGCUACGCGCGCUUUACGUUUGCUACAACUGAAUUGGAAGGUAAUCACUUCCGCAGCUGUGCUGACGCUAUUAGCCAUCAUUUGGUACUACCCGGCAUUUUUCUUUUUCUUCAUAUUCUUCAUAUAUUCCUCGUUUCUAGUGAUAGCAGCUGUGGCAGGCACAGUAUACGUGCACUACAUAUUUACGAGCACAGAGACGCCGCCACCGAAACGUGAACCAACAAACAUUCUUUACAAUGCAACGAAGAGCAGCAUUUUCGACCUGCCCAUUCCCAUUAAGAAUGCAUCAAAUUUACCACUUAUCUUUGGAAAAACUGUGGACUUGCAGCUGCAGCAGAUUAUUGAAUAUGUCCUACGCGACUUUAUGACCCAUUGGCUGGGUCACGUGGUAACUCAACCGAAAUUGAUGAACGAUAUUGUGCGCGAAGACUUUUGGAAUGCGAUACAAAAGUUACACAAUCGUGGCUUGAAAAUUGAUGCAGCUAAGAUUAUAGCUGUGGAUAUGGUGAAUCGUGUCACGGUGCAUUUAGAGAAAAUACGGAUAGCGGAAGCAAGAACCGCUGAAACCGGCAAUCCACUUGUGUUCUCCACCAAUUCGUAUCUGGUGGAUGAGGAUACGGAAUUAAAGUUUCUGCGCAGGCUUAGUGAAAUUAUGAUAAUUCUUUUACUGCCACGCGGCUACUCACUACCACCGCUUAAAGUGCUACUUAGCGAGAUACUCUCUUAUAAAAUAUUCUUUCCAUUGAUAAAAAUGCUCACAUCACCGGAUUACAUCAAUCAGAAAAUUGUACAAAAUAUCGAGACACGCCUUGCAGCGGCUGCCAUUAGUAAACGCAGUUACGAGUAUGCAGCAAGCUUUGAAGACUUCUUAAAAAUCAUAAACAAUGCAGGCAAUUUGGAGGAGUUGUCGUUAAUACGGAAGAGUAUAGUAAAUGAUCUGAUGCAUGCGACAACAAUACAAAAUUUACAACGUGCCAAAGGACUUGAUCCCGACACCGACGAUCACAGUCUGUCGAAAUCGGAAAUGAAUGCCGCUGUGCGUUUGAAACGUUAUGUGCAGCAGCUGACAUUUGCCAAAGCGCAGUGUGAGAAAAAUUUGUCCAAGUACGGUUGGAACGGCAACUAUACCAGUGAUGUGGACUUAUCACUCAUUGAAGUCUUAAGCACCGCAGUUGGACGCCGUUACUUAACCCUAUUUUUGGAACCGCUAAAGGCCAGUGCACUCGUUGGUUUUUAUUUGGCCGUAGAGGAAUUGAAACAUUCGCAUAAAUCUGCUUGGCACCAAUUGGGUACGGAAAUUUUCUACACUUACAUACGCGUGCCAAAGCCCGAAAUCCAGAUAGACAAACAUGAACGCAAACUUAUAGAAACAUUUCUGCUCGGCGACACGGGUCCCGAUAUAUUUUAUGACAUACAAAAGAAUAUCUUAAAAAGCUUAGAAGAAAAGUAUUACGCCUCAUUUGUGCUGAGCGAACAAUAUCGGCAACUGCGUGAGGCGCUCAACUCGGAAGAUUUUAAAGAUCCCACCUUAUUGCUGCGUACAAUCAACGGUAGCGAUGCUGCAGCGGACGAGUCAAAUACUGCACUUGAGGGUGUAGACGGUGCUAAUACAACAUUGGAUGUGGCAGCGCAUACGUCGUAUGCGCGUCGCAAGCUCGAACAGCUGCAGGAGCGCAUAGAUAAGAAGAGUCAAGCUUUGGAUGCGCUGAAAUGUUCGGUGAAGCCUGAGUCCAAGGUGUUGCAGAUAUUGGAGAAGGAGAUGGAGUGGUUGAAAAAUGAAAAACGACAAACGGAGACGCAUCUGAAACGUACGGAUGCAUGGACUGAGCAUUUGGGCAAGUGGAAGGCGACGCUGCAAAGCGUGGAGAUUUCUGACGAGAAAGAGUCUUUGCAAUUUAUGAUACUAGUGCAUGUUGAUGAGGACAUCAAUAUGCCGCGCUCUGCCGAAAACAGCAGCAGUUCAGGUAAGGCUGGUGGUCUGUAUGCCCGCCCGGGUGCGAUAUCCAGUGGUUGGGUCGUGAUGCGUUCAUUAAAUCAAGUGCAUGAGUUACAACGCAAGCUUCGGCAUGUAAAUUCAAAUAUUAAAUCGCUCGAUCUGCCAACGAACUUCAAAUUUUUCUUUCUGAAAAAUGAUCGCCACGCGCUCGAAAAGGCUAAAGGACAAAUACAGAAAUUUUUAAAUUUCAUACUGGAGGACGAUCAUUUAAAUGGCAGCGAAGCUAUUUACAGCUUUCUCAGCCCCAGUUCGGAACAUCUCAAACAGACGUUGCCCUCACCGAAAAAAUCGAAAUUCUCAUUGUCCACUUUGUUCAAGAGUGACGCUGCGAAGGCCGGUGAAUUAAGCAAGGCGAAUGAUCCCUUUUGGGGUUUACAUCGUGAUGAUGAAGAUAUUUCGACUUAUCUGGAGGGGGAUCCCAGUGUGGACACAAAGCUUUUAGCUGAUUUAGAUAGCAAAGACUCCAUAGCGGAACCAUUAUAUGCUUUGCUGGGCGAAAUUUUCGACAUGGGUGGUGUUUUCAAGUGGUUGCGCAAGAGUUUGAUAUCGUUUGUGCAGAUCACCUAUGGCCGAACAAUAAAUAGACAAAUUCGCGAAUCGGUUGCCUAUUUGUUUGAGGAAUCGAUGCUGCACUAUUACUUCUCCGCCAUAUUAAAAUCCUUUUGGCCCGGUGGCGUGCUGGCCUCUUCGUAUCCCGUACGUUCGGACGACAUCAAGGAAAUGACACGCAACGCUGCCAAGGACUUGCUAAUGGACCAUAUACCUGAGGUGCUGUGCAAUCUAGUGGGCGCACAAACGGCUAAACAUGGUGUGCUGAAAGUCUUUGAAGCGAUGCAAAAUCCCACAUACAACAAGCAACUUUUUUAUGAAUUGCUUGAAAUUCUUAUGAUCGAAUUUUUCCCCGAGAUACGUCAGCUAAAACUGCCGGGUGCGAAAUCGGCCGCACACCACAACACAACGGCGUCAGCGGGCUCAACCAACUACAGUCAUGCCGCUACUACUUUGAUCACAUCGACAACAACAACAGCAGCUGCGGCGGCUGCAGCAGGCAGUGGUGGCAGUAGUAAUAACAAUCAGCUGCACACAACAUACCAACAACCAUACGAAAAGCCACAACCUUUGCAAUUUCAACAACAUCACUUCGCCAAUGGUAAAUAGUGUUUAUAAGCAAAAGCAAAAGUGAAAACAAAGCAAAGAAACAAAUUUAGCACCAAAGUAGUAAAAAAAAGAAAACAAUUUUACAACCAAAAUAUACAACAUUACUUCUAAGGGCAUUAUAUAUACGCAAUAUGUAUGUAUGUAUGUAUAUACUAAGUGACCAUAUAUGGCUUUAAACUUUUAGGUGGUAAUAUAUUAAGAAAAUGUGAUUAUUCAAAGCGCUUGGCUCCUUUUUACUGCAUCUACACUCAUUUAUGUCAAAACCCGCUAUUAAAUCUCUUAUAUACAUA